AUGGAUGUGCAUCGGUGCCGCUUCGUGCCGUACCAGCCAUCCGCCAUCAAUGCAGUCGCUUUCUCACAUCCCAAGACGAGAUCAGCCAAGCAAAAUGCUGUAGCAAGGCUAGCCAUCGGACGAGCCAACGGCGACAUUGAGAUAUGGAAUCCCGCAAACGGGACCUGGUUGCAGGAGCUCGUUAUUCGAGGCGGUAAAGACAGAAGCGUGGAUGGCUUGGUUUGGGUCAACGAGCCUGACCAAGAUCUGGGAGACGGCCGCAUCCUCAUUGGCAAGUCACGACUAUUCAGUAUUGGCUAUACAUCAACAGUUACCGAAUGGGACAUCGAAAAGGGCAAACCAAAGAGACACGCUAGUGGCCAACACGGCGAUAUUUGGUGCAUCGCCGCACAACCGCAAAGCGACAAGAAUCAAAUCGCCGGAGGCACUCAAGAGGCGCAAGGCCCCAACAAGCUCAUUGCCGGUACCAUUGAUGGAGAGCUUGUCAUGUACUCUUUAGAAGACGACGAUCUCCGGUUCCAGCGAGUACUCGUCAAAUCUCCCACCAAGAAGGCCCAGAUGGUCAGUAUCACUUUCCAAUCCCGCAAAGUCGUCAUUGUUGGCUGCUCCGACAGUACCAUUAGGGCAUACGACAUUGCACGGGGCCACAUGCUGCGAAGAAUGACGCUUGGAUCGGAUCUCCUGGGUGGUUCCAAGGACAUCAUUGUUUGGUCUGUUAAAUGCCUACCAAACGGAAAUAUUGUCUCUGGCGACUCGACUGGCCAAAUCUGCAUCUGGGACGGGAAGACAUAUACCCAGGCACAGAGAAUACAGAGCCACAAGUCGGACGUUCUCAGUCUCGCCACAAGUGCAGACGGCACGGCCAUCAUGAGUGGAGGCAUGGAUCGCAGGACAAUUCUCUACAAGCAAAACCAGGCCUCCGGUCAACGAUGGAGCAAAGUUUGGGGCCGUCGAUACCACGAUCAUGAUGUCAAAGCUAUGGCUACGUUUGAGCACGGACGCAUCAGCGUCGUAGUUUCAGGAGGACCGGAUGCAAACUUGAUGCUUGUCCCAUUGAAAGAGAUGGGCAGAGAAAAUCACCGAAUGAUGAGCAACUUGCCACAGCAACCUCCCGUUGUUAGUGCACCAAGAGCACGAUUCAUCGUCAGCUGGUGGGAGAGAGAAGUUCACGUUUGGAUCCUGCGCAAGUCGGCUGCUGAUUUGCAGAACGCGGCAGAUGAGUAUGGCGAUGUUGACCAGAACCGAAAGCUCCUCAAGACAAUCGUUGUCAAAGGCGAUUCAAAUAUUGCUUCAGCAGCAAUCAACCAGGAGGGAACUCUGCUCUUUGUGUCAACCGCAACUGAUGUCAAAGCCUUCAGCCUUGAGCACAACCACCCUGCUAAACCCUCAGAUGUGAAGCUGUCUGCCAUUGAACUACCAACAAAGCUUUCGCAGCUUGGGGCCACGCAGGUCAAACUCUCCCCCGAUGGGCAAUGGCUGCUCGCGGUCCAGGAGGGGUCCCGGGUGCUGAUGGCAAACAUCCAAUCUGAAGGUGCUUCGACCGAGACUUUCACACCAUCAAUCAAGCUUCAACGGCUCUCAAGACUCCGACGCCGCAUUCCACGAUAUAUUCAAAAUGGCGGUCUGGGCAGCUACGACCGGAGCAUUACGCAAAUCACAUUCAGCGCUGACUCAAAGAUGGUGGCAACGGCUGACCUAGCUGGAUACAUUGACACUUGGGCAUUGCGUGGCCAUGAGAAAAAUCUGCAAUCCGGCGAGAAUACGGAGACGAUUGAUGACGCGGCGUCAGCCUCUUCUGAUAGCGAUUCAUCGGAUGAAGAGGAUGAAGGGGCCGCUGAUAUGCAGGACCGGUGGAUUCGCAACCCUAAUGCGAAACUAUUGCCCAAACUGCCAUCAUCGCCGGUUGUUCUAUCCUUCUCGGACUACGUACCCGGCCAAGAAUCACCCGCAGAAGCCAAAGAAGAGGGCAUUGACGAUUACAUUCUUACCGCGAUAACCUCAUCAUGGAACGUCUUGGCGUUCAACCCUCGCCACGGGGCUCUGACCCCUUGGUCACGUCGACAUCCCCGUAAAGCCUUGCCCGCACCUGUUCAGGACCUUUUGGAUCUGCCAAAGGGCAUCGUGUGGCAGGGUGCUCGAAUGUGGGUGUACGGCGUGUCAUUUUUACUCAUGCUUGAUAUGGGACAAGAUCUUCCCAAGCCCUCAGAUGUAGACAGUGGUGACUUGCAGCUGCUCACGCAGGGCAAUAAGCGCAAGAGAACGGGCCAUACUACUGGUGCUGGAGGCAAGAUGGAACGAGACAAUCUCGCCCCGCAUCAAGUUCGAAAACAUGGUGCUGAUGAGCAAUACGAGGAUAUCGACGUGGUUGAGGCCCCUCAACUUGAUGAGAGUGACAGCGAUGAUGAUAUGCCUGACGCAGGUGGCGAACUGUCCAAACUCGGCUCAAAGCCAAACAGCAGUGAUGCCGUUGUCCAAAGCACGGAAUCGACCAAGGAUGAACCCAAGAAAUGGUGGAUAACAUACAAAUAUCGCCCUAUUCUUGGCAUAGUACCCAUAGAUACAUCGGGACAAGAUCUAGAAGUCGCCCUGGUUGAGCGACCUACCUGGGAGAUGGACAUGCCGGAGAAGUAUUUUGCGGGAGAUGAAUGGGAUCGAAAACACUAA